AUAAAAGAAUAACCGGACCCAAACCGACAUGGGCCGAUCCGUUUCGCGUGACGGCAUCCAAUUCCUACAAAUAGUCGGUCCAUCGGAGAUACGAAAUUGGACAGCAAUGGCGAGCAACAACCAAGAACAGUCGAACCACCGACCUUACAGACAUCUGAAAACCCUAACCGGCCACCAGCGAGCCGUCUCGUGCGUGAAGUUCUCAAACGACGGCACACUCCUCGCCUCCGCAUCCCUCGACAAAAAACUAAUCGUCUGGUCCUCCCAAACCCUAACCCUAAUCUCCCGCCUCGAUGGCCACUCCGACGGCGUCUCCGACCUCGCCUGGUCCUCGGACUCCCACUACAUCUGCUCCGCCUCCGACGACCGCACUCUCCGCAUCUGGGACUCACGCGCCGCCGAGUGCGUCAAGACGCUUCGCGGCCACACCGACUUCGUCUUCUGCGUCAAUUUCAAUCCUCAGUCCAACCUCAUCGUCUCUGGAUCUUUCGAUGAGACUGUUAGGGUUUGGGAUGUGAAGACUGGGAGGUCUGUUCAUGUUAUACGAGCGCAUUCUAUGCCUGUGACUUCGGUGCAUUUUAAUCGCGAUGGUUCGUUGAUUGUCUCGGGGAGUCACGACGGGUCUUGUAAGAUCUGGGACGCUGCUAAUGGUUCUUGCUUGAAGACGUUGAUUGAUGAUAAGGGUCCGGCUGUUUCUUUCGCCAAAUUCUCACCCAAUGGGAAGUUCAUUCUCGUUGCGACUCUCGAUGACACUCUAAAGCUUUGGAACUACUCAACUGGGAAGUUCUUGAAAAUCUAUACAGGUCAUGCCAAUCGGGCAUAUUGUGUAACAUCCACAUUUUCAGUGACAAAUGGGAAAUACAUCGUCAGCGGAUCAGAGGAUAAGUCUGUUUACUUGUGGGAUCUACAAGGGAAGAAUAUGGUUCAGAAACUUGACGGACACUCUGAUACUGUUAUCUCUGUAACAUGCCACCCUACUGAGAACAAAAUUGCCUCUGCUGGCCUUGAUGGCGAUAAAACAAUAAGGAUUUGGGUUCAAGAUACUUGAAUUUUGAAGCAAUAAUACACAUCAGUGGGAACAUUGCAUUAGGAAGAGAUGCAGAACAGUGACCAUUUAGAAAGGUCCUCAAUAAGAGUGAACAAGUCACGGAGAAAACCAUCGACCUCCGUUUGCUCAAUCCUUUGAAGCUACAAACACCAAGGAAGCUAGUGUAAAAAACCGUGGACCUGGAGCUAAAAGUGCAUAGUUGUCAGUCUCAACAUGAAAUGGAGCAUGAGUAGACAAUGAGGAGUCAGCUUCAAGAAGACCAAACAGCAGGACUUUGCUACAGAUGAUUAUAUUACUUGAAGUUAAAUUAGGUGGCAUGUGUUCAAAAUUAGGUAGCACUUUUGGUUUUUUUUUUUUAUACCACUUUUAGGAUAGUCUUCAUGUUCAAUGUUGAAUGUAGUAACGGCACAAUAACAUUUGCCCCAAGUUUUGGGUUAAGCUGUAAAAAUUUAAUCUUCAAAUUUGUGAAUGUUUCUUCAAA